UAUCGCUUAAAUAUCAAAUUACUCGUGCAAUCUCUUACAAAAGUCAAGUUUUCUGUCCAUUGCAAAGUAAAUGUUAUUUUUUCCAAAAAUGUGUUCUUCUGAUAGUGAUAUACCAGCUACGCCAAAAAAAAAGUUAAUGCAAAAAUACAAACCCGAGUGGGAAAAACAGUGUACAAUCUGCGCAGUGAAUUUUACAAUCGGUUCAGGUGGCAUUGGCCAGAUUAAGCAACAUCAAGAAACUCAAAAACACAAGUUUAAAGCUGAAGCCAAAAAAACAUCUGGUGCAUUAAAGAAUUUCCUUACAUCAAGUACUGAGUCGAAUUCUUCAGUAUCAAGUGAAGGUAACAAUAUUGCAGCAGUGGAAUUAGCAUUAACUUUUCACACAGUGACACAACAUAUCUUACAACAGCAUGGACUGCACUAAUAAACUAUGCAGAGUUGUCUAUGCAGAUUCCAAAAUAGCCAAUAAAAUACGCCUGGGCAGAAAAAAAUGGAAGCUAUAGUGACGGAUGUAUUAGGUCCCUAUUCCGUGGAAAGUGUAAUAAAUGAUUUGA